AGUAUUUUAUGGGGGCCAUCUAUGCAUUUGUACGCGAAGAAGGAUUUCACAUCAAUAGGAAACGAUAAACGUUUAUUCUUGUUGCUUCUACCUUCUCUCGUCAAUAGGAAACGAUAAACAAAAUUGGAGAUCUUAAAAAAGAAGAAAGAUCAAUGGGUAUUGGGUACUUUGCAUCUUGGAUCAGCCUCUUCCUUCAUCUUCUACUUACAAUGUGUGCUCAUGGAAGUGGAUCGAGAGAGUUGAUCACCAAAAAGCACCCGGAAGAGCUUAUAGAACAUACUCCUCAUGCAAGCAAGCAUGGAGAGUUGCAAGAACCCAAACGCAAGAUCAUUUUGGGAUAUCUUACUGAUCAUGAUGAUAGUCACCGGAAAGAAACAAGCAGCAAUUCAGUAUCUUCAGCGCAUGAUGAUGAUGUGCAUGUACCUGGCAUGGACAGUGAUCAUAGCAAGGUUCGUACUGAUGUCCACAUAAGGCUGUAUUAUUCCCACCACCAUGACAUGGACAAUCAAGCUAAGCUAGACCAUGAUGCCCAUCAAGGCCUACAUAGAGAGCAUGUAUUUCAUUCUCACCAUUCGUCCCACAUGGAUCACAUGGACCCUUCUUCAAUGAUAUUCUUCACCAUGAAGGAUUUAAAGGUAGGAAAAACAAUGCCAGUCUAUUUCCCAAAGAGAGAUCCUUCAACUUCUCCACGUUUCUUGCCUAGAGAAGAAGCUGACUCGAUACCCUUCUCAUUAAACGAACUCCCACGCCUUCUUGAAAUUUUCUCUUUCUCCCCAGACUCUCACCAAGCCAAAGCCAUGGAAGAUACACUCAGACAAUGUGAGAUUGAGCCCAUCAAAGGAGAGACCAAGCUCUGUGCCACCUCCUUGGAAUCCAUGCUUGAUUUUGCACGUGGCAUGGUGGGUCUGAAUUCCCGUUUCCAACUUCUGACCACUUCCCAUCUGACCAAGUCAAGCACCCUUUUCCAGAACUACACUUUCCUAAGCAUGCCACAGGAAAUUUCAGCUCCCAAGAUGGUUGCAUGUCAUACUAUGCCUUACCCUUACGCAGUUUUCUAUUGCCACGGCCAAGAAAGUAAAAACAAGGGAUUCAAGGUUACCCUAGGUGGUGAGAAUGGAGAUAGGGUGGAAGCCAUUGCUGUUUGCCACACGGAUACCUCUCAAUGGAGCCCCGAUCACGUGUCAUUUCGCGUGCUUGGGGUCAAGCCAGGGACCUCCAACGUCUGCCAUUUCUUCCCAGCAGACAAUCUCGUGUGGGUUCCAACACCUGUACCGGUUUAGUAGUCCAAUUGCAACGUGUUUGUUCAAGUUUUAGUCCUAAUAAAUACUAGUGGGGAACAGGAGCCUGGGAGGUGUUAAUAUAUUUGCACUAAGGUCGUUCAUGUAAGAGAAAUAUUUUAUAGCUGGCGUUGCAUCAAUGAAGAAAAAAGUGUUGCUGUGUAA